AAAACACCGAAGGUAGUGGUGGAUUAAUAUUUAUAUUUUCAUCAGAUUUUAUUACCAGUGGAAAGAAACAUUACAUUACAUAUGAGCUGCGACAAUAAUAAUAAACUCUGAUCGAAGAUCUGUAACAAUGGAGAUCUUCAUCUUCUUCUUCUUCUUCUCAAUCUCAACCACUUAAUACUCCAACAUUCACACUCACCAAUUCUUCACUUCAUCAAUCAAUCAUUUUUCCAACCUAUUUCACACAAUCUCCACAUUCAAAUAUCCCUCGCAAAUCUCCAGUUUCAUUCAAUUCGAUUCAAUUUUGGUUAAAUUCACACCAAUUUCUGUAGAUUUGAAAUUUCGCGCGCUAAAUUAUUCCGAUGAUUAUUAACUAUUCACUCCGAAUUGACUUCGUUAGAGCGAAAUCGACGAAGGUAGGGUUCGCGAACUUUCCGUUAAGUUGCCGUCAGAACGUGACGUCAGCGUGGUCGAAAUUCGUAUCAGCCAAGUGGAAGGAGGCUUCAUUGAAAACCAGCACUGAAAUCAAUUCGAAUGAAGGUUCUGUUUGUAAUGAAAAUUUGAGCAAGGGAGGUAAAUCGAUGAAUAUUGUUUGGCAUAAAUGUUCUGUGGAGAAAAUUGAUAGGCAGGAGUUGCUGCAGCAAAGAGGUUGUGUGAUAUGGAUUACUGGACUCAGUGGUUCAGGUAAAAGCACAUUGGCUUGUGCAUUAACACGCGCUUUGCAUUCGCGAGGGAAGCUGACAUACGUCCUUGACGGUGAUAAUAUCAGGCAUGGUCUCAACAGUGAUCUUACUUUCAAACCACAAGAUCGCGCAGAGAAUAUAAGAAGAAUCGGAGAAGUUGCAAAGUUGUUCUCGGAUGCUGGAGUUAUAUGCAUUGCUAGCGUAAUAUCUCCCUACAGAAAAGAUCGCGAUGCUUGUCGAUCCAUACUUCCAGAUGGAGAUUUCAUUGAGGUUUUCAUGGAUAUGCCUCUACAUGUUUGCGAGGCCCGGGAUCCGAAGGGUCUAUACAAGCUUGCGCGUGCCGGAAAGAUCGAAGGUUUUACUGGUGUAGAUGACCCGUAUGAAGCACCCCUAAAUUCUGAGAUAGUAAUACAAAUGGAAGGUGAGGUGUGUUCUUCACCUGAGGUUAUGGCUGAGAAAGUGGUAUGUUAUCUGGAUGCAAAAGGGUAUUUGCAAGCAUAACCUUUGAUAAAGGUAAGAAAUUUCUCAUGUGCAUAUGUUUCAAACACAAACUCAUAAUAAACUGUCGUGUCUCGAGGAAAUUGCUCGUUUCCUUGUUCAUUUCUGUUGAUAAUCUCUCAGUUAACCGAUCGGUUAACUGGUAGUUAGUGUUCUUGUGUCAUUGAUUGUUGUGUAUGGCUAGAUGAAAAUAAGGGUCAUGAUUACAAAUGUUGUAAAUUAAUUAAUUAUUAUGGUACAGAAUCCUUUUGAGAAUAAGAUGAAUUAUUAUGUCCUUAA